UAGUAUACUGGGUAUACUGCUUGGUUGGGGUUUUUUUCCACCUUUCUGGUUGGCCCUCUUGGAUCAGAUGCUGUUACCUGUUUAAGGGAAGAAAUCUUGUUUAUUCAGUACAUGCAAUAGUUUGAUAGCAGUAUAACCUCUCUUUAGUGUCCUGUCAUUCCUGUGGAAGAGUGGUGAUGCCAAAAGCUUGUUCAGCACAGGCAGGGAGGGAUGCUGCAGCAGGAAUUUACUUAGGACCUACUCUGCCACCAUGGCUGUCCCAUAGGUGACCUCCAGUACUGCUUUUGGGACAUAACCCGCCCUGCCAUCUGGCCAGAAAUGUUCAGGUUCUUGAGAGCUGCUUUGAGGUUGGAUGGAGAAAGAGAGGGUGGGGUUCUCUGGCUGAGCUCGGGGAGGCGGGAGCAACACCAGAGGAGGAAGCGAAAGGGGAGGCGAGCGCCUGGAGGAUCCAGCUGGGGCCACGCUGCAGGGUCAUGGCUCAGCCCAGAGCCUGUCAGGAGCAGGAGGAUACAUUGCAUGAAGUCAAUCUCUCUACCCAGAGGCUGCGUGUGCUCCCUCCCUCAGUCCUGAGCAAUUCCACGCUGGAGAGCCUUGACCUUGACCGGAACAAGCUCAGGAGCAUCACUGGCAUUUCUAAGCUUUGCAACCUCAAGAAGCUGAUACUGUCCAAGAACGAGUUUGUGAACUUUCCCAAUGAAAUCCAGAGCUUGGUCUGUUUGGAGAGGCUUGAGCUGAAUCAGAACCAAAUCCGGAUCAUCCCAGAGGGGGUUUUCUCCCAUCUCCCCAGGCUGAAGCACCUGCGGCUGAACAACAACCGUCUCUGUGCCCUCCCCAGGGACCUGGCAGCUUGUGGGGGCAGCCUCCAGUACCUCAACAUCUCCAACAACCUGUUCCGGACCUUCCCGCAGCCUGUCCUGCAGCUGGCACACUUACAGGAGCUCCAUGUGCAGAAUAACGCCCUUCGCCAGCUCCCCAGGGAGCUCUUCCAGGGCCAGUCCCUGAAAAUGUUUAAGGCCAGUGGGAACCCUCUCCGGGAGCCGCCCAGUGAAGUGUGUGCUGGUGGCAUUCGGCAGAUCCGGAAUUACUUCAACCACCUUCAACAUGGUUUGGCGCAGGAGGACAAGAGGGUCAAAACCAUGUUCCUGGGGGCCUCGCUGGCAGGGAAAUCCACCAUCUGCAGAAGCCUGAAGCAAGGGCAAUCCAAACUAGUGCCCAAAGAAGACCGAACAGUUGGGAUAGAGAUCAGUGAGUUCCAGAUCGAGGACUUCACAUUUCUCUUCUGGGACUUUGCUGGCCAGCUGGAAUACUACAUGACUCACCAUGUGUUCAUCACCCCACAGGCACUCAUCAUCCUAGUCAUCAAUCUUCACAUGUACCAAACUAAUGAUAAAACUUUCAAGGAGCUCGUUGGUUUCUGGAUCAAUAACCUGUCCAUGCGAGUCCCAAACUCAGUGGUGCUUCCUGUGGGAACCCAUGUGGACUGCUGCCAGGAGCAGGAGGCAGCAGAGAAGACACAUGACAUCAUGGCCAGGAUCACAGCCAUGCUGGCAGAGAGAAAAAGCAACCUUGCUCACUUCAUCGACAACCUGGAGGGCAGUGAGGAGCCCAAGUUUUACGUGGACCAGUGGGAGAGGCUGAAGGAGAUGGAGAGCUGCACAUUAACUAUCUUAAACUUAGUUGCUGUCAACUGCACGGAUCACCGUGACAUCAGAGAGCUCGAGGCCACUAUUUUGAAGCAUGUGAAGAAUGAGGAGCUCUUCCCUGAGGUUGUCCGAGUGCUGCCGCCCAUCUACAGGCAGGUGGAAGCUGCCAUCGUGGAUAUUGCAGAGAGCGAGGAGACAGCAGAGCAUGGCAUGAUGGACCUCCAGUACCUACUCAGCAAACUCUCCCAGCGCAAGAACUUGGCCAGCCUGAGCAGAGAGCUCCUCCAGGACAUCUUGCGGUACCUCCACCGCGUCGGGCUCGUCGUGUGGUAUGAGGAAAUCAAGCACUUGGAAAGCACCGUCUUCCUCCAGCCUGCAUUUUUAAUAACGAUGUUCAAGCUCCUGGUGCGGCACCACCUAGUCCAGCAGCUCGAGAGCAUCUCUGUGGAGACGCUGAUCGGGGAGCACGCCACCAUCCGAGACAGGGCCAACUGGGUGUGGACCUUCAAGUCCAAGGCAAUGCUCUGCCACCAGGCUGUGAGGGCCUUGGUAAAGCACCAGCUCUGUUCAGAAGGCAUGUGGGAUGUCUUUGAGGAAAUCAUGGGACACAGGCCUCACAGAGGGAGAGGGAAGCUCUUCAGCCUUCUGCAGCACUUUGAGCUCUGCCUGGAGGUGAAGAACACCGAAGCACUCAACCCACAGGCCAGGGAGUUUGUGCCUGGGAAGCCGUGGGAGACAACACGGAGCCAAGGCAAGUCCUGGUACUUGUUCCCAACCUAUCUGAACCAGACAGAGGAAGUGUCUGAGGUCUGGGGAGGAGAUCACCCCGAGGACCUCCACGUCCGUGCCUACUUCUCACCCGAAAUACCUGAGGGCUUCUUCCAGAGGUUCCUGGUGAAAGCUUGCUCCUUCUAUUCCACACACUGGGUGGCCAAGGUGACCUGCCUGCUUGUAUGCAAUGGCAAACCUCUGCUGAUCAAAGAGAAUAACCAGAGGGCCUACAGCUACCUGGAGCUCCGCAGCAGAAAGCCAUCAGAAAGGACAGGGUUCCAGUUUGCCUGGGACUUCCUCGUGGCAGUUGUGCUCAUCAUCCAGAAGCUCGCUGAGGAGUGGCCGGGGCUGCACAUGUGUGUGAAGAGUCCCUGCCGGACAGACGGCUGUCCCGCAGAGCUCCUCUGGCCAGACAUGGAUGGCACAGGUGCCACGACAAAGGAAGAUGUUAAAACCUGCGGGACGUGCGGGCACCGUUUUGGUGCAGAGCUGCUCCUGCCCAAAGUACCCAGGCCACUGGAGGAGCCCCCGGCACAGCCCUCUGCUCACUAUUACAUGACAAGCUACGGGACCACCACCUUUGGGCCCAGCAGCAUCCAGGUCACUCAGCAGGUAAGGACACUGCUACCUCCCCCUGCCCAGGGACCAACAGUGAUGGUCAGGCUCCUGAAAUGAGGGGGUGCAGUUGCCUGCAGCCUGGGAAGGGCACACCCCAUCUUCAGGCAGCCCUCUGGUUUCCACACUCCUCCCUGAGCUACCACCCCCUCUGCCCCUCUGAGCUGGUGGUCUGGGUGUCUUGUGUUGUACUUACUCCCUUAUUUUUCCAGAACAUCUCCAGUGAGUAACUCUGGGCAGUGCUCAACGAAGAAUUACUUUUGUUUAGCCCAAGCCAAGCUUGUCCUCAACACGUUCUGCUUGCAAGUCAUGUUUGCAGCCUUAAUGCAUGGAAAUAAAUGCAUUGAUAAAUGCA